GGGGGUCCGCUGCCCAAGAAUGGGAAUUCUCUUCACCAGGAUAUGGAGACUGUUCAAUCACCAGGAGCACAAAGUUAUCAUUGUUGGGCUGGAUAAUGCAGGGAAAACUACCAUCCUUUACCAAUUUUCUAUGAAUGAAGUUGUACAUACAUCCCCUACAAUAGGAAGUAAUGUAGAAGAGAUAGUCAUUAAUAAUACACGUUUCCUAAUGUGGGAUAUUGGUGGUCAAGAAUCUCUUCGUUCUUCCUGGAACACUUACUAUACUAACACUGAGUUUGUAAUAGUUGUUGUGGACAGUACAGACAGAGAAAGGAUUUCUGUAACUAAAGAAGAGCUGUAUAAAAUGUUAGCGCAUGAGGACCUAAGAAAAGCUGGAUUGCUGAUUUUUGCUAAUAAACAAGAUGUUAAAGAAUGUAUGACUGUAGCAGAAAUCUCCCAGUUUUUGAAACUAACUUCUAUUAAAGAUCACCAGUGGCAUAUCCAGGCAUGCUGUGCUCUUACAGGCGAGGGACUGUGCCAAGGACUUGAAUGGAUGAUGUCACGACUUUAG